UUUGAGGUUAAUUUAAAGUUUGUCGUGAUAGUCGAGAAGUUCUGGAAAGUCAUUUCAUUUUCUCCAAAACGUGUGAUGGUUCUUAGCAAAUUCCAGGGGAGGGCUAUCUACAACAAGUACAGUUCAUUCGAUUGCUCAUUCCCUCAACUUUACUAUGGACUCUGAGGUGAACUUUUCAACUGUCCGCCCUACCUUGGAUGUUAUUGUUGUCGGUGCUGGGAUUGCUGGUCUGACAGCUGCCUACAGACUGCAACAACAGCAACCAAACUGUAGAGUUUUGGUUCUUGAUGCUAAAGACAGAGUUGGAGGACGGACCUUCUCAACAGAGAUGAAGGGGGCUAGCGGUAAAGAUACAUGGGAUCUUGGUGGUCAGUGGGUUGGUAGCACCCAGUAUCACCUUUUGUGGCUCUUGGAGGAGCUAGGCCUGGAGAAAUACCCACAGUACACCACAGGACGUAAACAAAUGUUGCUUGGUAACAACAAAGGCAUCCGUACAUACAAGUCUAGUAUCCCGUCUCUCUCUCCAAUGGCACUGCUGGAUAUGCAUCGCUUCAUAACCUUAACGGACAAGCUUUCUGCUGACAUUCCGCUAGAUGAUCCAAUGAAAGCUCCCAAUGCUGAGGUAUUGGAUGGGACAACAUUAGAAACUCUCAUACGGCAAUACACAUGGACUCAGGAAGCACAGGAUGCUAUCCGUGUAUCUUCAGAUAUCAUAAGUGGUGCCCCACCCAGUAUGAUGUCAGCGCUUUACUUCAUGCAUUAUGUACGAACCUCAGGGAAUAUAAGAAUCCUAGUGGAGGCAGACGGAGACUCCAAUAAUAGCUUCAGGAUUAAGGGAGGAGCUCAACAAGUUUCCAAACUACUCGUAGAAAGGAUAGGCAAGGAGAAGGUGCUUCUAAGUCAGCCAGUAGUUCGCAUCCAGCAGGAGGAGGUCGACAAGGUCACGGUGGUGACUGCUGAGGGCAGAGAGUUCACCUGUCGCUAUGUAGUGGUUGCUGCCCCCAUUCAAUGCUCUGCUGACAUCAACUACACUCCCAAUAAGCCACUGGAUAGAAUAGGGCUGGCUAACCACUCUCCAGUUGGGCAUCUCAUUAAGUUCAUCGUUACCUACAAAGCUGCUUUCUGGAGGGAAGACGGUUUGUCUGGCGAGAUAGUCAGUCAUGGAGGUAAAGCAACCAUCAGAGGGACCAGCAGUGGGCCGUUACAUCUCACAUACGACUGCACAACGUCUAACGGCAAUCCUGGCAUAGUAGGAUUCUACGCUAACAGCAGGGAAUGGAGUCACAUUCAACCUGAAGUAAGACGUAACGCUGUUCUAGACUCCCUUGCUGAGUUCAUUGGACCAAAGGCAAAGGAACCCCUAGACUACCUCGAAAAAGACUGGGCUUUAGAACCUUACAACGGUGGCUGUCCAAUUAACAUCAUGACCCCUGGAGCUAUGACCUACUUCUAUAAAGGGCUGAGGACACCAUUUGGCAGGGUGCACUGGGCAGGCACAGAGACAGCCACACAUCACGUGGGCUUUAUGAGCGGAGCAGUGCAGUCAGGAUUACGUGUAGCCAGCGAGGUAUUGACUCAUCUUGACCCACUCUACCAAGGUGACGAUCUCCUGGUGAACCUUGACAACAUGAGGGAUGAUACUAGAAAAGGUCCUGGGUGGAUGUGGUCUGUGGUCGGUCUAAUCGGAGUCAUCACAGUUACUGCAUUUCUCUUUAGAAGGUUCUUAGUCCACUGACGAGAGGGAGGAAAGACGCCUUUUCUUUGUUCAAGUGUCAAGAUCGUGGGUUAGACACUGCUCGGAUUGUUCACUGGGCGAGACUUAAAGUGGUUUCUUGUUUAAAUAUUUGAUAGACUUGGGAAGAUUUGAAAAUUGAAAAACACUUUAAGUGUUUUGAGAAAUCGUGAAGAAAUCAUUAAACCUUGAAAUUCACAUUCUAGGACUAAGUUUGAUUGCCAGUUUUGCCACAAUUUUUAGCUGCCUAACACAAUAAGUAAUCACAAAAUAACUUUACUUACCAGAUUAAGGUUUCUUUGCAAAAUACCAUUUAAUAUAUGUAUCUUCUGUGACUGGUUUCCUGCUUAAACUCUACUCAGAACAAACUUUUGGGUGAAGUUUGCUUCUUAAACAGCUCAUGAUAAAAUUGUUCAUGGGAGUGUCGUGGCCGAGCGGUUAAGAGCACCGAAAUCAA